AUACUGCAGGCCAGUUUUGCAGGACUGUGAGAGUGUUCUCUGAUAGUAAUCCCACAGCCAAUCAGAUUACACUGUUUGACAGUUCCAGAUUGAACCAUGUUAUAACAUAAGCUCUUAUUGAAUUAUUGAAUUGGUUGGCACUGGCUGCCCUUCUCAGCUUCUUUAGAGAUUUCUUAUCUUUCACCAGUUUUUUUGUAUUUUCUAUCAGUUGCUAAUUUGAUUAGUGAAAGCGAUUCUAAACAUUAACAAUAGUUGAGAAAGAAUAACAUAUUUAAAAAAGAAAUAAAUUGAUCUUUCCUGACCAUCUAUAAAAGAAACUCUGAUUUAAUUAAUUGUUUAGGUAAGCAUGCAAGUAAAUUAACUCCCAGCACUCUAAUGAAUGAGUAUUAUAAGUGGAAAUUCAGCACUGAAAUGAUCAUUUACAAAAUAGGUCACUGUUACCCUGCAAGGGAGACAUGAGGAUUCUCGCUCUAGCAGAAGGGAUUGUCUUGUUGCUAUGGAAUUGAUGGCCUGGUUGCUAAGGCAGCUGUGUAUGGAGAAUUCUGCUACACAAGGUCUUCAGAAGAGAGUAAACAGGCAUAUUAAACAGACAUUUUGCCCUUGACAAAUAUUAAAUAAUUAAGCCUAAAACCUUUUUCAGCUUACUAAAUUCUGCUGAAUUUAGAGUGACAUAGAUGAUAUAAUUGGUAAUUGGUAUAAAUCUACAAUAAUAGUAGAUUUAUACUUACGGACCGAAAAAACAAGCAGACAUAUUGACCUUGCAGAAGAUAUCUGAUUUCAUAUUCUAUUAACCAUGGAAAAGAUCAGCUUCUGUAUACAAUAGGAAACAAGCAUGUUAAUGUCUUACAUAUCUAUGUGUUGCAGGUUCUUGGAUAACGCACCUUGACAUAUUUGUUCACCCCUGUCAGAGAGACGGUCUUCAAUGAAUUGUUGAAUUUAUCCUCUGUACUAAACACUCGACCCUGUCCUCAACCUAGAACAGCCUGCUGCAGUAACCAUGGCAACUGCAGCAUCCACUGGCUGUAGAAUUUGACCAAGACAAGGAGUUCUGAGAGGACCAUGCUGAAGGAGUAGAGCUGAUCCUUCAGGCAUGGACUAAUACUGCUUUCAAUGGACAUUGCUACCAUGUCGUUGUGUAAUGCAAGCUCUCUGGAAGGAUGUGACCUGUUGGAGCCAAUGGAGGCUGAGCUGCAGGACGUCGAGACGUCUCUCAUGCCUGCCAUGCUCAGGGUGGCACUGGCCGCUAUUAUGAUCUUCAUGAUCACCAUUGGUUUCCUGGGUAAUGCCAUUGUGUGCCUGAUUGUAUAUCAGAAACCAGCGAUGCGAUCAGCUAUCAACCUUCUUCUGGCCACACUGGCCUUCUCAGACAUAAUGCUCUCACUGCUGUGUAUGCCUUUCACUGCUGUAACUUUGGCAACCACAGACUGGAGUUUUGGAGCAGGAUUCUGCAGAGCAUCGGUCAUGCUUUACUGGCUCUUUGUCCUGGAGGGCGUGUCCAUUCUGCUCAUCAUCAGCGUUGAUCGCUUUUUGAUCAUUGUGCAGAGGCAGGAUAAGCUGACGCCCCAUCGGGCCAAAAUUCUGAUCGCAGCAUCAUGGGCGCUGUCCUUCUGCGUGUCCCUCCCAUCUGUGGUGGGCUGGAGGACAGCUGGGAUGGCAGAACGGGCACCCCAGUGCAUCCUGGGAUACAGUGACUCACUGGCUGACAGGGGCUACACUGUGCUGUUAGCAGUGGCUGUUUUCUUUGUGCCAUUUAGUGUCAUGUUAUAUUCUUACCUGUGUAUUCUGAACACAGUGCGGAGAAAUGCUCUGCGCAUCCACAACCAUGCCACUGAAGGCAGCGUUGGAAUCAACCACGUCAGUAAGCUGGGUCUUACAGGUCUACAGCGCCCCCCACAGGUCAAUGUAGACAUGAGCUUUAAGACCAGGGCCUUCACCACUAUCCUCAUCCUCUUCAUUGGCUUCUCAGUGUGCUGGCUGCCUCACACGGUAGUGAGCCUGCUGGCAGUCUUCAGCCGACAGUUCUACUUCAGCCCAGCAUUUUAUCCAGUCAGUGUAGGUGCUCUGUGGCUCAGCUACCUGAAAGCCGUCUUCAAUCCUGUCAUCUAUUGCUGGAGGAUCCGCAAGUUUCGAGAAGCCUGUUUGGACUUUAUGCCUAAGACCUGCAGGUUCUUCCCCAAGGUUCCUGGCCGAAGUCGCAGACGCAUAAGACCCAGCAAUAUUUAUGUUUGUAGCAGUGAGACCCAGUCUUCAGUUUAGGAUUUGGACUAAAAGUUCAGAGUACAUCAAUGGACAUACUUUGUGUACUUUAUUCAUCAUUUUAACAUUGCUGCCAAACAUCCUAUGCUAUGUAUUUCAAAUGGUCUGUGAAUUUGAAAUACAGGCUAAAAAACAUGCAUGUUGAGCUCUAACUGUUGGCAAAUAAAACCAUCUGUCGUGUUUCAGACAUACAAAGAAAAAUGAUGUACGCAACAACUCAUCCGCACGAUAUUUGGUCAUCAGUGUUUAUCAAAGCAAUACAAGCAUAUGUUCCUAAUCUAGGUCUUCAUCUCUUAUCUGUUAAAUAAAUUGUUUAAAACCAUCGGAAUGGGCAAAUGGCUGCCUGUUAACUGCUGUGUAAGAAUAAACUGUUUUAUGUGAAGUCAAAGAAUGAAAUAAAUGAAAAGUGUCUAUUUUUUAUUUAUU